AUGGCUGGCAGUCCGUCCAAUUCAGAGAUCGGCAAGCUAGCUGAUCUGCUUGAUUACUUACCGUUAGCAAUGGUACAAGCUGCAGCUUUCAUUGAAGAGAACAUGAUAAGUGUGGGCGAGUAUCUGGGGCUGUGUGAAGAGAAUCAUGAUAUCCGGAUGGAUCUCCUCUGUGGGAUUUCGAAGCACCGGGGAGAGACUCGGAAGUCCCAAAUCAAGGAAAAACAUCCCCAGGCAAUUGAAAUCUCUCUUAUAGCUUUCUUCGACAAGAAUGAUAUCCCCGAGUAUUUGAUCAGACCCAAGUCAGGCCACCCGUUGGAAUUCGCCAGGGCUUUGGGGACUCUGAAGGCAUUUUCACUCAUCCAGGGUAACGACAAAAGCAAAAGCUAUUCCCUUCACCGACUGGUUCAGUUGGUCAUACGGAAGUGGCUUCUUACUGCGGACGAAUUCAAAGCAAGGGCAAUCCGGGCUCUUGAAGUCGUCGACGAAGCAUUUCUUGAUGCAAUAUUUGAAAACUGGAAAACAUGCGAGGUGUGCCUGCCUCAUGCGGAAUCAGUUCUCUGA